GAGCUGUUAACCUUUGACCCCUGAGUGAAUGUCCUGGGGACAGAUUUCAGCGGGACACCAGCUGGAGGCUGCGCUCUGUUAGCCUCUUUGUUCCGUUAAAUCUUUCGAUGGAGACCGAACCGAACCAGUUAAACGGGUCCGGCCGAGUCCCGUGGCGGCUCAUCAAGGCCCAGGUGGCCGUGGCGAUGGCCGUCAUCAGAAGCAGACCCCCCGGCGUGAGCGGCCGACAGCACGGUGAGGCUUUGGGCCACACACUGAGGCGGCAGGACGGCGCGUGGCGGGAGCGGGCCCAGGCGCUGCAGCAGGAGGUGCUGAGGCUGCGGCAGGAGCUGCUGGUCUCCAGGGCGACGGCCAACACAAACAGCAGCUGGGAGACGGCAGACGAAGCCAUCAUGGAGGAUCUGUCUCAGGAUCUAUUUGGUCCAGGAAGUCCAGCUUUCGGUGACGAUCCUCCCCCAGACCGUGACUCAGAGACUCCUGACCUCCUGCUGCAGGACCCUCCUCUUCCUCCUCCGCUUCCUCCUCCUCUUCCUCCUCCCUCCAGACUCCAGAGCGAUCCCUGGAGCGACGCGCUGCUUCCUCACAUGCAGUUCCUGCAGUCUCUGUGUUCCCUGCAGCGCCUCGACGGCAGCAGCGCGGCUCUGGCCCCAGAGGGCCACGGCGACUCAGCGGCAUCAGAAACCAUCCUCCUGCUCCUGGACAGCGUGGCGGCGGCCUGCGGGGCCCCCACGCCGCCGGGGCUCCCCGACUUGCUGCCCCAGGCCUGCCGGGCGGCGUCCCGGGCCUUGGACCUCCUGUGCUCCGGGCGGCCGUCCGCGGACCUGCGGAGACGCGUGGAGGAGGCGCUGAGGGAGCUGACCCGGACGCUGCUGCACAGCCGGCGACCCGGCAGGGCUGCAGAGAAGCUGACAGAGUCCCUGGUUGCUCUGGGGAGCAGCAGCGUAUCAAAGUCCUUCCUCGUGUGUCUCAUCCUGUCGGAGAUCGACUCUCUGGCGGAGCAGCUCUGGCAGACCUCCCAGGUGCAGGAGAGCUCAGCGCUCCGGACCUUUCCCCUGGACCGGUACCAGAACUCCUGCCACUUGCUGUGGGUUCUGGAGAGGCUUCUGCCGGGUCUGGACUCGGCCCAGCGGAGGCCGGAGCUGGAGGUGGCGCAGACGGCCUUCCUGCAUCGCUUGGAGCUCCGCGUCUUCUUGCUGUGGGACGAGUUUCCUCUGUUCUCCGUCUUGAUGUGGCGCAUCGGAAAGCUGCUGUUUUAGAAAACGGAUUAAAUUUACGAAUCCGC